UUUGUCGUCAUUUCAUUCCUCCUCUGCAUACCCACGACCGCCACACUGCUCCGAUUUUUGUUUUCUUUCUUCCUCUCCUUUCUUUGGUGCGCAUUCUGUUCUAUCUAUACCUUCCCCCCCCCUCUCUCUUUCGCGCCCGGGCACGCCCACAUCCGCUGUUCAUCACACCGCAACUUGGCGCGCCGGGCCCCCUGACGAAACCAAAACGAUACCCGGCAGCGAGGACGACGACAAAGACGAAGACGACGGCAAACCGGCUGCGACCACGCGGCGGCCGGCUCAGUAUCCCGUGGAACCUCGAGAGGAGGAUCGCCCUGCGCAGGAUCGUGAGCGUGCUGGGGACGACAUCGAUUGGACGAGGCCCGCGAACCACCAUUUCCGAACAAUUCUACAAAACGCAGAAACGCUACUUUAUCGAAGCCGAGUAGAAGGCGGAAGAAAGACAAAACAAUAGAAAGGAGAGCGUCUCGACAUAUAUACCCGACCGUUGCAUCUCUUCCCUCUGGAUCCGUCUCCGUCCACUGUUGCGAACGCGUGACCGCACCCCCGAAACAUUCGAGCUCGAAAGCCACGAGGCGACCAAGCUCUCGCCAAGACCGACACCCGCUCUGUUCCUGCAGCAGACUAGUCUUGGCGAUCGUCCAAUAUCCCCGAGCCCCGACCCCAACCCACCACCCCUCUGAUAGUCCACACAUACCAACAUCGGGCCUUUGUGUCUUUCUUCUUCCAGCCGUCACCUACACCGAGUCUUCGGUUCCUUCUCCGACACCAUCCAACGUACAGGACCCUCCUCGGAAGGGUCCUAAGCCGCCGCCACAAUGAACCUGACGUGUAACUCAACGCUCGAGGACAUGAGAAUUGUCCCCGGCUCCGAGAUUCUCAUCGCCGGCCCGUUGACCUUCCAUGACCUGGCCCUCAUCAUCGCUGGCUCCUGCACCAUCAUCGCCAUCUGCCUUUCCUUCUACCUCAUCUUCAUGCACUCCAUCAACUACACGAAGCCCCGCGAGCAGCGCCAGAUCAUUCGUAUUCUUUUCAUGGUCCCCGUCUACGCUGCCUCGUCUUUCCUGCAGCUCUAUUUCUACUGGCACGCCGUCUACUUCCAGCUCAUGAGCGACUGCUACGAAGCCUUCGCCAUCGCCUCCUUCUUCUCGCUCAUGUGUCACUACCUCGCCCCAGACGUCCACACCCAAAAGGACUACUUCCGCAACCUUCACCCCAUCAAGCCUUGGGUCUGGCCUCUCGGCUGGUUCGCCAAGUGCUGCGGAGGACAGAGAGGCCCCUGGCGUACCCCCAAGAGCGGUUUGACGUGGUUCAACGUCAUCUGGAUCGGCGUCUACCAUUAUGUCUUCAUCCGCGUUGCCAUGACUGUCACCGCCGUUGUCACGCAGUACUUCCACCGCUACUGCGAGAGCUCCAACAACCCUGUCUUCGCUCACGUCUGGGUCAUCUCCAUCAACUGCGUGGCCGUCACAAUCGCCAUGUACUGCGUCAUUCAAUUCUACGUACAGAUGCGGGAGCCUCUCAAGGAGCACUCGCCCUUUCUCAAGGUUCUUGCCAUCAAACUUGUCGUCUUCUUCUCUUUCUGGCAGGUCACUUGCAUCUCUCUGGCCACAUCCACGCUCGAUCUCGUCCACCCGAACAGAGUCCUUGCCUAUCCCGAUAUCAAAGUCGGCAUCCCUGCCCUUCUUCUCUGUUUCGAAAUGUCUCUGUUCGCCCUCCUCCAUCUCUGGGCUUUCCCCUACGCACCCUACGUGCCCGGCGCCAAGGCCACAUUCUACCCGGCCCCGGACGCCCGCGAUCUUAACGCCUCUCUGCGCGAAAACGUCCACUCUGCCCCCAGCGGCGGCUGGAUGGGUCUCCGCGCUAUCGGAGACGCCCUCAACCUCUGGGACUUCGUCAAGGCGUUUGGCCGUGGUAUGCGCUGGUUAUUCUGCGGUGUCAAGCGCCGCAAGGAGGACCCCAGCUACAAGACAGCCGCCAGCUUGGACAUGGAUGACCUCGACAAGGGCGGCGACACCGCAUACCAUCCCGCUGGCCUCAAGAGCACCGAGCAUCUCCCCAUCGCUCACGAGUUCCGUCGCAGCACAUAUCUUCAGCCCUUGCGACCACCUCCUCGACCCGCACGCCUGGACAACGAGAGCGCCAGCCUCAUCGCUCACGCACAGCCGAACCCUUCCCAGAUGUCUCCACCGCGCCGCCCAGAACGGCCACACUCACCAUUGUCGCCCUUGUCGCCCAUCUCGCCGUACCAAGACCACGGCUUCCAGGAGACGGGUAUGGCACCUAUGUACCAUGCUCACCAGAGCUCGAACGCCGACUGGGAGAAGACAUCACCCACAACGACGAGCCCGACAUCGGGGCCACGCGAUCUGACUCAGCAACGGAUCGGAGAGGCGCUCUGGGGACCACCGCAAAGCCCCGCCGCCGUCGCCAUGAUGCCGGAAAGCCCCGUCCUCGGGUCACCCAUGAACGGCGCCCCCGGUCAAGUACGCCCGACACAUGGAAACCAGCCACAUGGGCAGCCUGGACCCGGAACGGCCUUUUGAAAGGCCUAUUUGCUUGUCGAUACAUGAGCAUGUUGCGCGGCAGCGCUCCAUCACAUUUGUGAUGAAGAAUCCAGCAAGAGAUCCUUGCGCCGUAGGUGUUGGACGAUUUGGUUUUUGGAUAUUUGGCAUGCAUGGGAUACGGCGUUUUGAUUUCUCACGAGAUACCACAUCAUUUUUUAGCUGAUUGGGAAUGAAACCGGUUUUUACCCUUCAUGACGUGCGGCAGUCCAUUUGAUUCGUUCCCAACCCGAUGCAUGGUCUGUAUUCGUGGUGAUGUUGGGAGCAUGUCCAAGUGGCACCACUCCCUUUCAGGAUCUAAUGAUUCUGUGACGAGGAGCAAGAGGACGGGGGCUCGCCGUUGGAGAUGGAGAUGCAUAUAUAGCGAGUGACAGAAACCCUUGGACAUUCACGGGGCGUCACGACCAAUUUCCCCUCCUGCCGUCGGUGUCAGACGAACUGAAAACCCCACACCAGUCUAAGAAAGUGUCACUCUCCCCUAUCCUCCCCUCCCUUUUCUCUGUCGUCCUCGUCCUCGAGGGACCAUCGCAAAACUGGCGACGUCCUUCUUUACACACACUUGUCGCCCAAGGAAACACGCACCUCGGCUCGGGACGCAAAGCCCCUUCAAUCACGAUGGGACGGAACGGGGGUUUCGGGCUCUCAAGAAUUGGGUGGUGGACUGGGCUUCUUCUUUCGGCGUCGCCCACCCCCUUUUUUUCUUCUUCCUGGUUUCGUCGCCUCUGGCGGGGGGAGACAACCCGCUCUCAUCGGUAACACAUAUAAUCAUACAAUGCGUCCCCCCCCUUCCUUUCCUUUCCUUUCCUUUAAACCUUUAAGUUUACCAAUCCCACCGAUUUUUGAAAUGCGCUGUUUCGAUCUCGAUGGGUGAUUUUACAGUUGCCGUCUACUCAUUUCGACGAUACCUACGCCCCCCCCCCUUUUUUUUCUUCUUCUUUCUUGCUUAUAGGGGGGCUCUAGGCCUUUGGGUAUCAUAUUAUAGUAAUCGCUUCAUGGGCCGAAGGAUUGGGUCACUACGAAUGCGGCUUGUGUACCGGGCCAAUGCCUAGGGAAGAUCCGAGACGAGUUGGAAGUCGAGUCAUCAUCCGAUCCUCUUGUCUUGGUUUUGACGCCGACGCCUCUCCCUGGCGAUCCAGAUGGUUGUGGAAGAUGGAUGUGAACGAGGCUGUGUGUGUGCUUGUGUGUGUCUGUGUGUGUGUUUGACACUUGAGUGGAUUGGUUUGUGUAUCUGAAUUUGAAAAUUCCGUCUUUCCCCUGGCGACCAAGACAGUUGUGCAGACCCCCCAAAAUGAUAGCAAUACUCGUAGACAAUAGAAACAAGUGUAAAAAAGCGAUAAUGAAUGUGUCUUCUUUCGUCGAGGAUUGCGGUCUCUUUCUCGUCCAUUCUAUGCGCGUGUCGUCGUGUUGACCAAUCGCAUAUUCUUCUCUUCUUUUUUUCCCUUCCAUUCCGCGCAGUAACACGACUUUUUCUCUUUGCCGAAUUAUUUCUCCUUCUUGUAGACUGCUGUUGGCUCCUGCUUGCGCUUCAAAGCCUCUC